UAUAAUGAUGUACAGUACAGAACCAAAACCAAAAUUUCAUCCUAGUUUUUGUUAGAUCAAACCAAAAACAUUCGAGUAAAGUGGGAGAAACGAGCUGAAUCCAUGGCGGCCUCUAAGCUACAAGCUCUAUGGAAUCACCCAGCCGGACCCAAAACCAUUCACUUUUGGGCACCAACUUUUAAAUGGGGCAUUAGCAUAGCCAACAUAGCUGACUUUGCGAAACCACCAGAAAAACUCUCCUACCCUCAGCAAAUAGCGGUUACUGCAACUGGAAUCAUCUGGUCACGCUAUAGCACUGUAAUCACUCCGUCAUCCCUCGAUUUUGAAAUGCAGAAGAACUGGAAUCUAUUUAGUGUGAACAUUGCUAUGGCUGGAACAGGCAUAUACCAACUGUCCCGAAAAAUAAAACAUGAUUACUUUCCAGAGGGCGAGGCAAAGCCUGCUGUUGCAACAGAAUGAUGGCGAAAUCUUCCGAAAAUGCUGGCUCUAUAGCUGUGAAUUGUUCCUAGCAUGUUGUGUUGUGGAAAUUUGUAACAUGAUGUUGAGUUUAAUUCUGAUUUUUAGAGCCAUCAACAGAUACUGAACUGAUCAACUGAAGCCCUAUCGAUUUCAAUAAUGCUUUUGUUCUCUCACUUCA